CACUCAACCUCCUGAGCCACCGCUCAUUCCUUUCCCCCUUGAGGCCUUACCUUUAAACUCCAUUCCCGCUCCUACCCAUUUUUAAGGCCUUUCAUCCUGUACGGCUGAUUCACCGGAGAGAAUUUGUGUCAAGAUGGAUCCCAAUAAUAACCGUCUCCACCUGAAUUUCGGGUACAACGAGCGUGGUUUCAAUGCGGCGGCCAACAACCGCGCAUAUCCCACCACUCCUUCCGCCUUCCCUCAACCGAUCUACCAAAACCAAGGCCCUCAGGACUACAUGGAGGCUCCAAAUGGGGCGUACGGUCAGGGAUAUUUCAUGGCAAACCCAUAUCCUGCUCAGGCAGCCUAUGCUCAGCAGCAGCAGCACUAUGGGCAACCAAACUUGCAGUCCCCGCAGCCCACGUAUCAAUCCCGCAUGGGGUACAGUGCCAACGACGGAACCAACGGCCUCAUCCAGCAGUUCUCCAACCAGGAUCUGAACUCGAACCGGACUGGAUUCUUCGGUCGCGCAGCCUCACCUGCUCAGAGACCUCGCACCGCUGGCUCGUCCGCCCCCGGGCAGCAGCAGCCUGGCCAUUUAGCCCCCCCGAUGCCGCGCAGCCCUCGAACUCCUGCCGAGAAUGAAGAGCUUCAACGCUAUCCGGAGCGAUACUCAGAGAAUAUCCACAAGCGUGGUAAGGCUGCUAAGGAACUAGUGAAUGUUUUCUUCCACGAGAACAUCGAGCGUGCGCGCGAUCGCAACAUGCGUUCCACCAAUCUCGACAAGAUGAUUCAAGAUCCUAAUGUCCCCAAGGAGACGAAGCGUCAAGAGGGAGAAACUAUUGCGAAAAAGGAGUCGAACUUCCUCCGAUUCCUUCGCACCAAGGAAUCGCCAACGAAUUUCCAAACUAUCAAGGUUAUUGGCAAGGGUGCAUUUGGUGAGGUUAAGCUUGUGCAAAGGAAGACUGACGGCAAGAUCUAUGCGCUCAAAUCUUUGAUCAAGACUGAAAUGUUCAAGAAGGAUCAGCUGGCCCACGUUCGUGCCGAGCGUGAUAUCCUGGCUGACUCCAAGGAUAACCCAUGGCUCGUAAAGUUGCACGCUUCCUUCCAGGACUCUGCGUACCUCUACCUUUUGAUGGAAUUCUUACCUGGUGGUGACCUGAUGACCAUGUUGAUCAAGUACGAAAUCUUCUCUGAAGACAUCACCAGAUUCUACAUGGCAGAAAUUGUGAUGGCUAUUGAGGCGGUUCACAAACUGGGCUUCCUUCAUCGUGAUAUUAAGCCCGACAAUAUUCUUCUCGAUCGUGGUGGUCAUGUCAAGCUUACCGAUUUCGGUCUCUCGACUGGCGGCAAGAAGACCCAUGACAACUCAUACUACCAAAACUUGCUGAAAAACUCUACCUCAAAGGAUAAGAAUCGUAACUCUGGAUACUUCAACGAUGCGAUUAACUUGACGGUAUCAAACCGUGGACAAAUAAAUACGUGGAGAAAGUCCCGUCGAGCCAUGGCUUACUCAACGGUUGGCACACCAGACUACAUCGCACCCGAAAUCUUCAACGGCCAAGGAUAUACCUAUCUUUGCGACUGGUGGUCGGUUGGUGCUAUCAUGUUUGAAUGUCUUGUGGGGUGGCCACCCUUCUGUGCCGAGGAUACCACCGAUACCUACCGAAAGAUCGUUAACUGGAGGGAAUGUCUCUACUUCCCCGAAGAGCUUACCCUUUCUCGCGAGUCUGAGGGCCUCAUCCGAAGCUUCCUGUGUGACGCAGAACAUCGUGUAGGUAACGAAGGUGGCCAGUUUGGAGGCGCAACACAAAUAAAGAAUCAUCCGUUCUUCCGCGGUGUCGUUUGGGAGCAGCUUCGCAACAUCCGCGCUCCAUUCGAACCUCGGCUAAGCUCGAACAUCGAUGUGUCGUACUUCCCCAUUGACGAGAUCCCUCAGGAGGAUACCAGCGCUAUCCACCGUGCUCAGGCUCGUGCCAUGCCCGAGGAGCAGGAGGCAGAAAUGAGUCUUCCGUUCAUCGGUUACACAUACAAGGCAUUCAACGCCUUUCAGAAUAAUUGAGAAUUGGACUGAUAUCUGGGAUUAUCAAUGGAUGCAGGAUGAGCGCCUCGGAAAGCCGGUCAGCGGGCAGGCUUGCGCGGAAGUCUUUCCGGCGGCUUAUCUAGGAUCUAAUCUCGGAAUAUCUCUGUUCAUUUGAUUUCAUCUAGCGUCUAGCGCAUUUGGCAUCUUAUGUCACUGAUAACGACUUGUGCAUCUUUCUUACUCUGUUUGCAUGUCGCAAGACGACGCCCGCUAGUUGCACACUGUGUCUAGCAUUAAGAAUUACAAGUGAGCGCAUCGUCCGUCGGUUGAAAGUAUAGAACCUGUGACGAGCCCACAAGGGCCGAUCACGAAUGGCUGGCUACUUUGUCCUCUCUAGCAUGGUGUAUCAAUGCAUUACCCGGAAAUACCCAAAGUACAACGUUGUACCUUUUACUUAAAAAUAGUUUGCACAUUACAUAGCUGGUGGCAAUCCCAUUAAAUUCUUCAUUCAACUUGGUAAUAGGCUUCGAUUCUUCUGAAAUUCCCUUGGACCUCAGUGACUCUCAACAUUGAAUCAACUGAGUUAGAGAAAAGAGAGAGGUGGAUGAUAUCUGACACUAUCGGAAGGCCGCUCUCGGCCAAAUUACAAUAGCAGGGGUA